UGGAUCCAACAGUUGGUUAAAUUUGUUCUUGAUUUGAUGAAAAUACCAAGUUGGUUUACUGUUUUCUCUCAGUUAGUUUUGAUUUGUGUGCUUGUGAUUAGUGAAUCAUGUCACCUGUACUGAUAGACCUCUUGGAACUGAAGAGGUUUAACAUCGGUAUUGUGUGCAUCUUGUUUGGUUGAAUAUAAUAUAAAACAGUCUAUUUAUACAAUUUUAUUACUUUGUAUAUAUAAUGGCGAGAUUUACACCCAUUUAGGUCAAAAAUAUUUUCCAACUUAAGUUAAAACUACGAUCAAUUUGGGUGUAAUUCUGACCGAUUCAGUAGUUGAAUUCAAAUGCGCUAAACGGAACAUCGUAUUACAGUACAGUUGUAACUAUAUGCAACCAAAUAAUUCUUGUAUUGUGGUAGGAGUUGGUAAUGGGUCCAUAUUACUGUUACGAAGUCAAGUCAAGUUGGUAGAAAUUUCCAGGAGUUGGCAUGUGACUGCUUCCUAAUUUACUUUGAUUUUAAAGAUGUUGUUGGAAAGAUUCUUUUAAUUCACUUUCAUUGGUAAAUGCUGGGGAAAAGGCACUUUCCAUCAAAAGAAAAGCAUGAUAUGCUACAAGUAAACCAGUGGAGCCCUGCAAUGUGUGGAAUCAUGUGACUUUCAAUGACCUAUCAGGAUAAGAGCCUAGCGAUUGAAGAACCCCCUAAUGAGAGCUUUAAUUUUACGCAUGAGCUAUUGAGCAGCACAUCCUUUGCCAGGCAGUUGGUCGAUCAGGUGACGCUAGCUAAGGCUUACAUAAUCAUCGCGAAGGAGCACAACAAUCUUCAGCUUGCAUGGGAGCUCAGUUCGCAGGUUAGAAACCACCAGAAACUGCUUUCUCAAGCAGCUGUUUCAGGGAAGCUCAUCAUGCUAGAAGAAGCUCGUCCUUUAGUAACUCGGCUCUCACGGCUUAUAUACAAAGCCCAGGACUGCCAUUAUGAUAUCAGCACUACGAUAACAACAUUAAAGAACCACGCCCUCGCCCUCGAGGAGCGUGCAAAGGCCGCGGUGGUUCAAAGCACGGAGUUUGGUCGAUUGGCUUCUGAAGAAGCUUCUUUGCCCAAAAGCCUUCACUGUUUGAAUAUGAAACUCACGGAAGAAUGGUUCCAAAACCCAACAAUUAGAAGACACAAAAAUGAGUAUAGGAAGUCACCUAGGCUUGUGGACAAUAAUUUGUACCACUUCUGUAUAUUUUCUGAUAACAUAAUUGCAACUUCAGUCGUCGUAAACUCUACGGUCUCCAGUGCCGACCACCCUCAGCAGCUCGUUUUUCAUGUGGUCACGAACAAGAUCAAUUACUGGGCAAUGACCUCUUGGUUUCUAUUAAACGACUACAAAGGGUGCACCGUUGAAGUCCGAAGUAUAGAAGAGUUCUCUUGGUUUAAUGCAAAGUUUGUUUCUUCGCUGAACUACUUGCUGUUCUAUAUUCCCCAAAUACACCCAAGUUUAGAAAAGGUGGUUCUUCUCGAUGAUGAUGUUGUGGUGCAGAAGGAUCUGACCCCUCUUUUCUCCAUAGAAUUACAUGGCAACGUGAUCGGAGCGGUCGAGACUUGCCUCGAAUCAUUUCGCAGGUUCUACAAAUAUCUCAAUUUCUCUAACCCACUAAUUAGCUCUAAAUUCGACCCGCAAUCUUGCGGGUGGGCGUUCGGGAUGAACAUACUUGAUCUAAUUGCCUGGAGAAAGGCAAACGUGACGGCAAAGUACCAAUACUGGGAGGACCAAAAUGUGGACCACAUGAUUUGGAAGAAAGGAGCACUUCCACCGGGUCUUCUUGCAUUUUACGGGGUAAUGGAGCCACUUGAUCGACGAUGGCAUGUAUUGGGCCUUGGGUUUGAUGUGGACAUUGAUGAGAGGUUAAUUGAAACUGCAGCAGUGGUGCAUUACAGUGGAAACAUGAAGCCCUGGCUGAAGUUAGCCAUUACCAGGUACAAGCAUUUAUGGGACCAGUACGUCGAUUUCACACAUCCAUUGGUUAGAGGUUGUAUCGAUAAUUAAAAGAUUACCAUUUCGCUAAUCUGUGAAAGAGAAGUGAUUUCAUACCGGAGAAAGCAUGAAAAUAUCAUCAGCAUGUAUUGGUAUGUUUCAAUUUUCGAAGAAACAGUAUAAUUUUUGCCUUAUUUACACACAUUUGGACCUCAAAUUUUGGAUUUUGGUCAAACAAUGUGUACAGAGAUUGUAAAACAGAUAAUCAGACAGGUUAAUAACAUUUUUCUUCAGCUUCUCAGAAGCUGAUCAAGAGGAAUCUGAUAUUCGAAGUUGAUUCACUGAAGUUAUUGUGUCAUUUUUUCUGAUCUAUAUUUCGGCAUGAAGUGAAGAAAGACUGUAGCAUUGAGUGCAGUCAAAAUUGUCUGCAAUGAUAUAUUUUUUCACACUUGAUAAA